CACACGCACACACACACAUACACGAGAGCACUCUCAUUGAAAUAGAGCUAGCAACUCGCCGCGAUUUAGGGGAAAAGGGAUCUUUUUCAUUUCCUGCUUUCUGUUUAAAGCAGAGGAAACCCGACACGUUACAUUUGCUGUGUGGAAAGGGGCUCGUUUUUCUAAAACAGCAUAUAAAACAGAGGAGGCUUAUUCUGCAAAGGACGACAGUGCCUUACAUUAAAUGCAUGCACACAACCCAGCCGCUUUGGACGAGAUGCCUAAUUUAAAAUGCCCCCCUGCCUAACCCGGGAGAUUUUUUUUCCUGCGUUUCCUGUUCAGAAACUCCAAACUGUAGUAUAUGGACGGUGUUCACUUAUCGGACAGCGAGCAAGCGAGAGAGAGAGAAAGUCCCUUCCGCAGCGAGACAAGGAGUUCGAAAAGCCAGCUUUGGGGUUUGACAGCCUAAACUUUGCAGGGGUCUAAAAAAAUACAGGCUGUUUUGGUCAUUUAGGUUUUUAAUAUUUACUGACACCGUAUACACUGUACGAAGUUUGCGUGCCCGUUACCAUUCCGUUUUGACAUUUUAGUCCCGGCAUGUGAACAGUGCUUAGGAUUUUUACAAGUUGGCUCAUAACCCGUAAAAAUGAGUUAACAUGAGAAAUUCUGGUAACGGAGCAAACAUGAAUGAGCUCGCCCACUGAAAUGCCAACAGGUGAAACUGGUCAUUUUUUUUAUUUAGAGAUACAACAUUUCUAAAAUGAUUUUUUGUCACAGCAGCGUAUCUGACAGGGAGCUGCAGCAAACACAAGUCAGAUUCGACAACCUAUAAUUUCUUAAGACAUUUAUUUUAUUUUGUGAAAAACAGAUCUGGACAGUUUGAUCUUUCUGUUUAAAGAAAAAACUUGAAAAAAGUCACAAUCUUUAAAAGAGAAAAAGAAAAAAAAGCAUAGGGAAAAUUAAAAAGAUCUAAAAAUAAAGUACUGGUUUCUUGUCCACAAAGAAUCAUUUGAACUUCCCACCGCAGAACGAGAAGGAAAUAAAUAACGGUUUUGACAUAUGGAUGUGAUUUUUUGCGAAAGAGACAGAUGUAAAGAGAAAUGAGAAGAGGCACGGCGCAGUCCAAAUGCGUUACAGAUUUUAAAAGAAAAAAUCUAAAUAAUAGUUUUAACUACCAGGAAGCCAAAGUCACCUUCGCGAUAUGGACAAGCAGGAGAGAUUCUGGAGCGUUCGGCACUUUUUCACCGACUUACAUGGACGGAGCAAUGAGUGACCAUUACAUCUGAAAGUUUGCACUAAAUCAUCUUUUUGCUGUCAUCGACCUCUGGAUGUUUGCUAGUUAUGGGAACUUCUCCGUACAUCCACGGUUUAUCAGUCGUCCUCUGGUUUUCGGUGCUCAGCUGCGUGUAUGCUCUGGUUGAUGCUGAUGAUGUUAUCACCAAAGAAGAGCAAGUGUACAUUUUGUUUAAAGCCAAAGAAAAAUGUGAGCGAGCAAUCAAAUCUAAUUUAUACAAAGUGUCUGAUGUCCUUUGCCCACCUGAGUGGGAUGGACUCAUUUGCUGGCCUGAAGGAAAACCGGGUGAUGUUAUCUCUGUCCAGUGUCCUGAGUAUCUUCAUGACCUUAAUCAUAAUGGUCAUGCCUACCGACGCUGUGACCUAAAUGGUAGCUGGGAACUUUCACUAAGCAAAAAUAAAACAUGGGCUGAUUAUACUGAGUGCUCUGAGCCUCUAAAUCACUACAAUCAAAACCAGGAAAAGGAAGUCUUUGACCGACUUGAUUUGAUUUAUACAGUGGGCUACUCACUUUCUUUGGGGUCAUUAAUAGUUGCUGUUCUUAUUCUGGGAUAUUUCAGACGUCUACACUGCACCAGAAAUUACAUCCACAUGCAUCUGUUUGUGUCCUUCAUGCUGAGGGCCAUCAGUAUCUUCAUCAAAGAUGCUGUGCUUUACUCAGGCUUAACACUGGAAGAUAUGGAGCGGGUUACUGUGGAGGAUCUCAAAUCAAUCACAGAACCCCCACCAGCAGACAAGGCACAAUAUGCGGGCUGCAAAGUGGCCGUUACCUUUUUCCUGUAUUUCCUGGCGACCAACUAUUACUGGAUUUUGGUGGAAGGCUUGUAUCUCCACAGCCUAAUCUUUAUGACAUUCUUUUCUGAUAGAAAAUAUCUUUGGGGUUUCACUCUAAUCGGCUGGGGGGUGCCAGCUGUAUUUGUUACUGCAUGGGCAAGUGUGAGAGCCACUCUUGCUGACACAGAGUGCUGGGACCUCAGUGCUGGCAACCUUAAGUGGAUCUUCCAGGUCCCAAUUUUGGCAGCCAUUGUGGUCAAUUUUAUACUGUUUAUAAAUAUAAUUAGAGUCUUAGCUACAAAAUUAAGAGAGACAAAUGCAGGAAGAUGUGAUGCAAGACAGCAAUAUAGGAAGCUGCUAAAGUCCACACUGGUCCUCAUGCCUCUGUUUGGAGUCCAUUACAUUGUUUUUAUGGCAAUGCCAUACACUGAGGUUUCAGGGAUUCUGUGGCAGAUUCAGAUGCACUAUGAGAUGCUGUUCAACUCAUUCCAGGGAUUUUUUGUUGCCAUAAUUUAUUGCUUUUGCAAUGGAGAAGUGCAGUAUGAGAUUAGAAAAGCCUGGAGCAGAUGGACACUGGCUCUCGACUUCAAAAGGAAAGCACGGAGUGGCAGUACAACCUAUAGCUAUGGACCCAUGGUGUCACACACCAGCAUUACAAAUGUGACAGCAAGGGGCUCCUUAGCCCUGCACCUCACUACCCGUUUGGCACCAGUUUCAAUCAAUGGUCACCGUAAUUUACCAGGGUAUGUGAAAAAUGGCUCUGUGUCAGAAAACUCCAUUCCAUCCUCUGGACAGGAGCUUUAUACCAAAGAGGAAGAACAAGCAAAUGGGGCUGGACCUUCAGAAACAGAGAGACCCGCAGUGGUGGAAGAGGAGGAACGAGAAACGGUGAUGUGAAGGACACUGGGUGCUCAGAGGUUCUUAGGAAUGGCCAGAAGAGCUCUGCAUGUGUCAGGGUCAACUUGACAGGCUGAGGCCAUGUAUUCAAACAGAGGCACGGUGACCCAACUCAGAAGUACACCAAUGUGUGGACAAAACUCAACAGGUUGACUUCAGGAGACAUGUACAUGUACAUUGUUUUGUCUUUUUUUAAAUCACUAACACACUGGGUGUGUUACACCGAAACUAUAAAUAUGAGCCAAAUGAUCUUGAAGUGUUUGAGAGCCACUAGCUACUCACCUGCCUCGUAGCAUUUGCUGUGUCACAAAAUUAUGUGUCACUGAUGUGGCUUAAUUUUCAGUGUAAACGAACUGCGCAUUUUCUACAAUGGCUGUCUUUUUACUUUAAUAAAAAGUUAUCCGAAGUGGCUAAGAAAAUAUUGUUCCAAUGGCAUGUUUUUGUCAGAGGGCUGGCAAAGGCAUUUCUAGAAAUGCAGUGUACUGUGACUUGCACCAGAGAAAAUACUGUACUGUACAUAGAAGGAUCUGUCUUGUGUCAAAUGUGUAGUGAUGACUCGCGUGUCAUCUGGUUAAAGGCUUUGUGAAAGACCGGAUGAUUUUUCAUUCUGUUUCCUUUCUGGUCCAGUUUUGUACUGAGGCUUUUUAAUCUCUGUUAAAAUGUGAAGCAACAAUAUCUAAUAACUCAGUUCAUACAAAAAUAUUUUCCAUUUGGCGUGAAAUAAAUAUUUACGUGAAAAAAUUGAACGUCUGCCUGAAAGAAAAUAAAGAAUGCAUUAUCUCCCUUUGUUUGUGAAUGUUACAGCUUAUUUUGCAAACUAGCAGAGAGGGUCUUGUUUUGAAAAUUUAACGGCCAUCACUUCUUUUUCCCGUUCUAUAGAUCCGCUCCCUGUCCAGUAUCCGCUGCCUCCUCCUCCACCUUUUUCCACUUCUCAUUUCAUUCCCUGUUGCCUUUGUCUUCUCUCUGCCAUCAAAUAUUCAUCUUCCUGUUUAAGAUACUGAAACUUCUUGUGGAGACUUUUAGAAAUUACCUUUAUGAAAAAUCAAUCAAAGACACUUUAAUCAUUAAUCUUGAACAAUGAUUUAUUGCUUAACACAAACAGUCACAUACUGCAGCUGCCUGAGUUAUGUGUGUGCUCUUUGCAUUAGGCAGGUUACUUUAAUGUGUUGACACAUAUGUCAUCAUAAAUCCCCUAUCAUUUGCCAUUUUCGGAAUAAGCAACAAAA